UAGCUGAUUGUGAACUGAAACAAACUAAUCAAAUUUCUCUAAAUUGCCUGAUAAGAUAACUCAUAGUUCGAGGCAAACGAUUUAAAUGGCGACAUCACAAACUAAUUUCCAGUUGAAUUGCGUUUCUUAGCGAAUUGGCAUUGCGGAAGUUGAAAAUUUAAUGAAAAAAGUGAAAAAAAAUAAAUAAAUAAACUAAGUCAGUUUCAAAAAUAUUUCAAUAUGUUUAAAUUCUUUUCGAAAAGUUGUGUGUCUACCGUAGUUCUACUACUUUUGCUCUCCGAAUCGUCGGAUUUCGCUUGGGCUGCCUGCAAUGCUUGCUCUGUUACGUCUAAUUUAGCCUGCGUAUCGCAAACCGAGUUCCAAGUGUGCAUCGGUGGCCUACCAACAGGAACGGCGACUAGUUGCCCGAACGGAUAUAUUUGCUCGACAUCUUCUACAAGCAUAUGUGUAUCGAGUACUGAUACGAGUGUAGUUGGCGAUUGUAUUCAAUGUGGUAACUGUGAUGCUACCCAAACCUUUGCCUGCACUGGUGUACGCACGUACGCCCUUUGUUUAGGCUUAAGCUCUGCUAGUAGCUUGGGUGGCAGCUGUGCGCCCUAUCAUGUCUGUAGUAUCGACUAUCAAUACAUAUGCGGUAAUGAAACCUUGGGGAUUUUACCCACCUGUUCCACUGCUGAUGAAGCAGUUUCCACAACUACAACUGAGAGUACUACUACGACGACUAGCUCAGGCUCGGUAACCGUGACCGAUCCAGUUGCAUAUUGCCAAACGAUACAACAAAAUGGUCGUUUUCCAGUCGGCAAUGAACUUACAACAACUUGUAAACAGUAUGUCUACUGUUUCGUAAAUAACAAUGUUUGGAGUGGCGCACUCUACUACUGUCCAGGUGCUACUUAUUUUGAUAGUGCUACACGAUAUUGUUCACCAUCUGUACCGGCACGUUGCGACAGUUCAACACAGUCGUUAUAUCUGCGUGGUUACGAACUAGUUUUCGACGAUGCUGAAACAGUAGAAUGAAUAAUACCGAUUUUGAGAGGUUACACAGUUGAGCAGUUAUAAAUGGAAAUGAGGUCGAGGUUGGGAACUUUAUAGAGGAUUUUAAGUCCUUAAGAUUUAGUCAAAGUUUUGGAAAACAAAAAAGUUUCGCUAUGAUGACGUCAGCAAAGCAGUACUUGCUGCCAAAUCGAGCGCUAACUACGUAACUCUGUACUCUCUCACAAAGAUUAUUCAUUUUUUUAUUUUUUUAGUUUAAGUACCAGUGUUAUGCAUUUAAAUAAAUAUGAACAAGAUGAAACAAGA